CCUCAUUGACUGCUGCUCUGCCUGCCUCCCUCACUCACUGACUGACUGACUGUCUGCCCGAGCAGGAGGGACAUACCUUGUUAUUUCCACUCUUUUCCCUUUUCUGAAAGUCUCCCUGGUUUAUUCAUCCCCACACCAUGAAGGAAAGAAGACUCACGCAGCCUUUUGUAGCGCGGUGUAAACUAGUGCUGGUUGGAGAUGUCCAAUGCGGGAAAACAGCGAUGUUACAAGUGUUGGCCAAGGACUGCUAUCCGGAGACUUACGUUCCCACUGUGUUUGAGAACUACACAGCCUGUUUGGAGCUCGAAGACCAGCGUGUGGAGCUCAGCCUCUGGGACACAUCAGGUUCUCCAUACUACGAUAACGUCAGGCCUCUCUGCUACAGUGACUCAGAUGCAGUGCUCUUGUGCUUUGACAUCAGCCGACCAGACACGGUAGACAGUGCACUGAAGAAGUGGAAAGCAGAGAUCCAGGACUUCUGCCCCAGCACACGUAUGCUGCUAAUAGGCUGUAAGACAGACCUGCGCACUGAUGUAUGCACACGCAUGGAGCUGUCCAAUCAGAAACAGAGUCCCAUCUCCUAUGAACAGGGUUCAUCCAUGGCCAAGCAGGUUGGAGCAGAGGCUUACCUGGAGUGCUCAGCCUUCACAUCAGAGAAGAGCAUCCACAGUGUUUUCCGUACCGCAGCUCUGGCCUGCAUGAACAAACUCCAGCCUGCCAACAAACCCAGCCCUGUCCGCCGCCUCUCCAAGAGACUCCUCCACCUGCCCAGCAAGACAGAGCUCCUCUCCUCCACCUUCAGCAAGGACAAGUCCAAGAGCUGCUCCAUCAUGUGAAUACCGCUGGGAUCAUGCUGGAAAAAACACAACACAGAAAGCAAGGACAAAUUAACUGUACUGUAGCUGGCUCAGCAGGGGUGCGGGUUUUGUGCAGGGGAGAGAGAGCUCCGAUGUGGAUUUCUACAAAGCCUCUCUCUCUCCUUUGCAUCCCAAACUCCCUUAGCCCCUUCAAAAAGAUCACUACACUCUCUAUAUUCGACUCUGACACUGAACGUUUGAUCAUGACUUGUCACCAGCACUCAGUGCAGAGACAGAGUGAAAAAUGUUUGAUGUUGAUAAUAUUUCUGAUCACUUAAAUAAUCCCGUACAAAGAGAGCAUAACAGGCACUUUAAGGUGCAGACCUGUUUUCUGCUCACAUAAAGGUUGCUGUGAUAGCUUAAAUAAGGUCAGUGCCUCCUCUCUUAUAUGAGGGAAGUGGUUGUAAACACUGCAUUUGACUGCAUUACUCUGAUGAGACCUAUUUGAAAUUCUGAUAGCGGUGCCCUUUUCCAUCCAUCUCUUGAUUUGAUCGUCCCUUUAAGGUCACAGUAUGGGCUGAGUGACUAGAUGAAAUGUAAAAUCUGAGCAUGUACAGCUUGGGGAAUUUUUUGAAACAGCGGCCCUUGAGGAAAUUAUUCCCCCAGCCGACCCCCUCACAGUAUUUCGUUUGGGAAUUAAAGCUGACAGUGGAGAAAAGGAGGGGAGAGAGGAAAGGGAGGGAUUUGGCGAGCGGAGUUGUUCAUUUGCAGAGGCAGUGGGAGGACGAGCUGAGAGCACAUCUGAAGGAGCGCAAUGUGACUCAGCACUCACAUGAGCUGCAAAACGGUCUAGGGUGGACAUGCUGUGACAAAAACAAACACAGAAUCUGGGCCAUGUAAACACCGUCCGAACAUGUUUUUGUCAGGUCCCCUUUCAUUACCCAUCACCACAGCAGUCUUAAUUGUUCAGUGUUAUUAACCAUAAGCCUUGAUUUUUGUUGUGUUACGUUAAUGAUGCAUCAUCUAACUAUUCCCUGCUACCUUAAGAGCUGCUUAAUGGAUGCCAGUUUUUAAUACACAUUUUGCCAAAAAUAAGUUUUUUUUAGCCUUUAACUUAUUUGUUUUUAUACAAGCCAAACUAGAUGGGGAGAUGGAUUUAUUUUAAUGUACCAGAAAAGGUCUUUGUUUUUGAAGCCUCUGCCUCAUUGAUAUUUGAAAAGUAUUUGUCCUCAACUGUGAACUCAGUGUCUCACGUGGGCCUGUUCACCAUGCCACUGAUUUAGCAUUGCACUCCUACAAAAUUGUCAAACUCAUGAUGGACAACAAAAAAAAAGGAUAAAAAUCAAUGCAGCAUGAGCAGAGGUAUUGUCUUUUUUUAUUCCACUCAUUCAUCCUUGUCAAAACUUGUGCAUAUAUUACCCACAAUUCAACUCAACAACUAAGAGUUCAGUGUGCUAUGCCAGUAGUGGCUAAUGGGCUGAAAGGUGAUCAAAGGUGGCUACAGAGGUCUGGUAGACUCAAUUUAUAAAAUUUUCUACCCAAAACUGUAAACAGAUUUUGACGUGUAAAAUUGUUGGAGUUCACUUUUAAGCAAAAUUUUUCAUUUUUAACAUUUUUUCAAAAUUGCUCCUCCUGCCACUUUAUGCCUGGAUAUCUGCAUGGUUGGUAUUAGAUUUCAAGGCUUGCAGACAAUGCAGACUGGAGCACUCGUGAUUGAGAUCAGAAACCGAGCAAGGAUGAAUAUAAGCAUAAAAUAUUGUUUCAGAAAUAUCUUUCUAAUGCUGGUGUUGUGUCAAAGACUGUUUCCCUAUUGAUAUGUGUUUCCUUCCUUACCUACAUCUGAACCAAACCUUAUUUCUAACCCCAACCUGUUGUCUUAUGAGAUGUUUAACCGGACCCCAACCUUACUCUAACCUAAGCCAUAAGCCCAACCACAGAAGGGGCUGCUGUGCUACAGGAAAUCAUAUUUUAAUGGGAGGGAAAGAUUAUCUGAAGGGGGAACAGACUUUUACACAAGUAUGACUCUGCCAUCGCUCCACAAGCACAUAGAGUCCUGGGUACAACCAACCCUCUCCUGAGGUUUGGAAUCUAAAACCAACCAUAUCUGCAACCAACAGGGGGUGGGGGGGUGGAUGAACUGAAUCACAGGCUGGUCCUGUCUGGAGAAAGAGCUUCUUUUUUUCAUUUGAUGCUCUAAAAAUAUUUUUAUUUUAUUUUUAAACUUCCCUGCAAAGUAUUCUUGACAUUUUCCACUUCUAAAAUAGAUCCCACCCCCCUGGAUGUUUCUACUUGCUUGUGGCUGUCUCUGGUGUUUUUGUAGCUGUUGAUAUCGUUCCUGUAUUCACUUGAGUCUUCUGGCAUUAGCGGCUGUUGACAGCUCGGCUAAUGGAGGACUUGAUGAUUUGUAGGUCUGCACCGAGAAGCCCCUGACUUCUCUGGAUGUACAGAACACUGGAAUUUAACGUGUUGCCUAGCAACAGUGUGAGCAGGACUCCUGUCUCCCAGAGAGAGGGAGGGAUGGUUCUCAGAGAGGGCGCCUCACCUUUUAUUUGUAGCAUUAGAUAGAAGCCACAACGAAGGUGAUGGCUGGACAUUUCAGGGAGCAGUGGACUGUUAAAGAUCUCUCUGUGGGUUUUAAAGACUCCACGCCGGUAGCAACUACAAGUGGGUUGUUUGGAAACAGCAUGCCAUCUAAAACGUGUCUCUGCGGCUCUGCUGCAGUCAUUAUUUCACAUGUCCUGUCUGGAGCAUUGUGCUAUCCUAAACAAAAGCUAAGUUUAGCUCAGUAUACAUUUCAGGGUUUCUGCAGGGUUCUGACUUUUUUUAAUGCCACAUAGACUUUAAUGUAAAACAAAAAUAUGGAGGUAUGAUGGAAAUGAAGACAUGGACUAGAAUUAUUAUAAUUUAAUACACUUCACAUAAAUAUAUAUAAUAUAUAACAGUAAUUCAUAAUGAUAGAAUUAAUAAAAUAAAUUUGACCUGGUAAGCAACUGAAAAUUAAAUGAUGGAUCCGUCAAUGAGUUUGUCCAAGUUCACUAAAGUUUUUGUCAAAAUGAAACAGUUUCUGCUACAGGUGUGAUGGUGCUGACUGAAACUCUACAAAAAGGGACUGAGCACUUUCCUGCAGCUCAAUCCAUUAUUAUAACAAUCCAAUUUUUAGUUGAGAUAUUAAAUUAAAUGCUUUUCAAGGCUUUUUAAGACCUGCAGAUACCUUGCAUCUCACAGCUCUCUCUUGCUCGUUUUUGACAGACAGAUUUGUUUUGUUGUACAUAUCCUUCCUCUUAAAAUUGUUUAUAAGAAAUCCCCCAAAAGAAUGUUACUGAAGCAAAACAAAAUGUUUGUGUCAAGUUGCCGAUUAUGGCUUAAAUUAUUGACUGAAUUCUGUAUUUGUUAUUGUCAUAUGCUAUUUUCAUCUUUAAAUCUUUAUUUAAAUAAAUAUGUCUGAAGCUC